AUGGCUAAUUUCGAGAACCUAUCUUCUGAGUUUCAGACAUUAGCCAUGGAUAUAUAUUCUUCCAUGACUCAAGCUGCAGAUCUAAACAACAACAACAACGUUAGCAGUAACCUUCAGUUUCAAACAUUCCCUCCUUUCUCCACUUGUAUCGACUCUCUCUUCCUUCAUCGUCAACAACAACAGUUUCUUGAUUUCCCUGGAAAAUCUCCAUGCAGUGAUAAUACUUUCUCCUCGACUUCAACUUUGUAUCAUUCCAAUCACAACAACGUUGACGAGACCAAGAAGAGAAAAGCUUUGGUACAAACUUUGUCUUCAUCGGAGAAUAGUGUUGUCUCUGAUCAUCAGAAUAUCAAUACAACCGAGACGGGUUGUUCGAGAAGAGGUAAGAGGUUGAAGAAGAAGAAUCAAGAAGAAGAGAAAGAGAGAGAAGUUGUUCAUGUGAGAGCCAGAAGAGGCCAAGCCACUGAUAGCCACAGCUUAGCAGAGAGGGUUCGGCGAGGGAAAAUUAACGAGAGAUUGAGAUGCUUGCAAGAUAUUGUUCCCGGAUGUUAUAAGAGUAUGGGAAUGGCUACGAUGCUGGACGAAAUAAUAAAUUAUGUCCAGUCUCUACAAAAUCAAGUCGAGCUUCUCUCCAUGAAACUCACUGCGGCAAGCUCGUUUUAUGACUUCAAUUCAGAGACCGAUGCGGUUGAUUCCAUGCAGAGAGCAAAGGCUCGUGAGGCAGUGGAGAUGGGGAGACAAACAAGAGAUGGGAACCCUGUCCUCCAUUUAUCAACAUGGUCCCUUUGACUUUUGUUUUCUCCUUUUCUUAUUUUCUUAAUAUUUUACCGAAAUUAUUCUUAUAUUCAUUUGGAUGUAAUAUGUUGUUAUAUGACCCAACUUGGGAUAGUAUUUGUAAUCUGUAUACAUACUUGUAAUUUCGAAAUUAUAAAAUUGUUGGUGACUUAUACUGGC